GUUUGGGCAUUAGCAUUGCUGUCCUUGAACGCACCCAUGAAAUUGUUUACAAUUUUCAAACGGUUGUUUGGUUAUGGUUUGGUAACCGAAAAUUGUCUAAGCGAAAACCGAAUUCCGAACUUUCUUCAAUUAACCAACAGUGGAUCAAACUAAAUUAAAAUGGUAAUGCUAACUCCUUUGGACAUAGAACUCGUUCUAAACUCCCAUUGUCAACACUCCAAACAAACUCUAAUUACUGUUGCCGAAAACUACUUGGAAAAGUUGCAGCUCCGUCCGAAUUCGAUAAUUUCAAAUUUUGAUAAUUGGAGUCAGGAAGACAAACCUAAAUACGGUCACCUAUUUCAACAUAUUGUCAUAGGAGACGUACCAGAUCCAGUCACAAUUAUUUUGGACUUAAAAAAAUGCAACGUAAAUUGGUUCAUCUACAGCUUGGAUGCAGAUGAAGCCAGUUUGCAUGUCGAAAACGACUCGGAUGGUUGCGAAGUCAACAUGGCAAGUCAUAUAAGUCUACCUUCCAAAAGUCUGUUCCAAUUAUGGGAAAGUCUGUUCUAUGAAAAAAACAUUAAAGGAAAUCUUCUAAAAUAUGCUAGAACAAUGAUGAAAUUUUCAGAUAAAAAGGUUAAUUCUACAUUAGUGAAUUGCAACAAAGUUAUUUUGCUUCAUGGACCGCCUGGAACAGGGAAAACUUCUUUGUGCAAAGCUCUGGCACAAAAGCUUAGUAUACAAAUGAAAAAUUCAUUCCCUACAGGUGGAUGUUUAAUUGAAAUCAACAGUCACAGUUUGUUUUCCAAAUAUUUUUCUGAGAGUGCAAAAUUAGUACAUAAUAUGUUCACAAAAAUCAGAUUGAUAUGUGAAGACAAGAACAUUUUAGUGUGUGUUCUUAUGGACGAAGUAGAAUCGUUGACACGAGCUCGAGAUCAAUGUUCUUCAGGAUCUGAGCCUUCUGACGCAAUAAGAGUAGUCAAUGCAAUGCUGACCCAAAUCGACAAUAUAAAACAAUACCCAAAUGUUCUGAUAUUGGCCACGUCCAAUCUAACCGGAACCAUAGAUUUGGCUUUUGUGGAUCGUGCAGAUGUCAAGGAGUAUUUGGGCCUACCUGGAAUUCCAGCUAUUUAUAAUAUUUACUACUCGAGCAUUACUGAACUGAUAAGGGUCAAUAUAAUCAAAGGUGAUGAUAUUAGCGAUCAGGCAGGUGAUACAGGGGACAGGUUUAGUCAAAGACUAACAAAAAUUUGUGAAAAAAGUAUUGGUUUGAGUGGAAGAUCAUUGAGAAAAAUACCUUUUUUGGCUGAUGCUUUAUUUUUGAAAGGCAACCAACCAGAUGUAUAUGACUUUUUAGAUGCUAUGGAACAAGCUAUCGAGAAAGAACUUUCAGACAGGAAUUAUUUUAUUGCACCUAAGUGAUUUUUUUUAUAUGAAACCUAAUUAUUUUUUCCUAUUUAUUUAUAAUUUAUAUAGCUCUGUUCCAACAGAACUUAUGUGUUCUGGUUUCUACAAAUUACCCCAAGAUAUUUUUUUGAAUAAAUUUUAAAUUUCAACUUAUGCCUCAUUUCCAUUCAGAUCACCUGCUGAUUCUAAUGUGGUAAACUAUGAACAUAUUUAAGCUAUCAUCUUUUAUUAAAUAAAUAUUCUCUAAUAAAUCUUACACAAAAAAAUUAUUAUUCUUCAGCUGCAACUUCCUCCUUGAGCUUUCUAAGUUGUUUAAUUUGAAGACAAGUUCCUCUAAGCCUUAAUUGUACAUUAGCUGCUUGUACGAGCCACUGUACAGCUUGCCUGUAAAGAUUUUGGGCAAGCUGUAAAUGUUGGGGUUGCAUAUAUCCAAACCAUUUUAUUGGGUUGAUGUGGUGUUCGUUGUCCGGUUUUUGGGAUUCUAGAUCCAGUUUUUCAUGUCCGUAUUCGUCUUGGGAAUGAUGAACUACCAAUAGGGCAUCAAAUUCUGGAGUGUUUUCGGUUGGCAGUUGUAUGCUGGAUACACUGUUUUGUCCUAAAAUGUAUCUG